AUGGGAACAGGCGCCUCGUCGUCGAAUCAAAUACCGAACCACAACUACGAGCAGGCGCCGUCGGUUCUCUCCCUCGCCUACCUAUCCACCCACCCUCUAAGCUACGUCCUAACCCACCCGCCCUUUGUGCUCUUUGCCACCGUCAUUGCGCUGCUAGUCUACGUGGUGGCACAGGGGCGACGCCACCGCGAAGAGGUGCGCCUGCUCAGCCUCCGGGUGGGCCAGCUCGGCCGCGACGGCGAGUUUGUGGUCCAGGCCCUCCAGGUGAAUGAGGAGCGGGUCGAGCGCCUCGGCGAAGGGGUCGACAAGGUCGAGGAUGCAGUGGUCGAGGUAUCGCGCGCCGUGAGGGAGGCGAUUGUGGGCAAGAUGGCGGCCACGACGACGGCCACGGCGGCGAUGGCGGCGGGAUCGUCGGUUGCUGAUAGAAGCGAGAGGAGUGCUCGGCUGAGAGGGAGGGAUAGUGCCGAUGUUGAAAUGAUUGUCGGUACGGCGCCUACGGUCGCGGGUGGUACCGUGGCGGAGAGUGUGUACCGAGAUCACGGCUAUGAUACGGUAGAUGACGAGGCGGGUGCGAGGCAUCGAGGGGACACGAGGUCUCGGUAUGCCGAGUCUGUUUAUACGGUCAGAGGAGACGAUGAGUACGAUGACGAUUGGGAGAGGCGGACCAUGGUCACGGAGGUGGCACCGAGUAGUAGGAGGAGUGGUGCGGGCAUGGAGGAGAAGAGAAGACGGGAGGAAAAGAUUUGGUCAAAGGGUGAUUGGAAGGGACUGGAGGUUUUUGGGUAA